UUGUUUUAAUCUUAUGCUAUGGUUCAGAAAAGAAUAUAGUGUAUGUAAUAAUGUGGGUGUUAUAAAGGCAGAAUCUCAAGAAUUCGUUCAAAUUCUACAAAUUUGUUUAUGCACCUGGCUUUUGUACAGCCCAUAUCAAUGGUUUGUCUGGCUACACCUCUCUUCGUUCACAUUGGAAGCCAGUCUUUCAGAAGAAGGGAAGCAAAACAAGAGAACCCCGCCCCGCAUAAGUCAGCCCUUGCCAACGAGCAAAUGAUCCUCUGAGUAGUUGCGUUUGUUUUCAGUUCAAGGUGGUUGGAGAAUCGGCGUGUAGGUUGAUCAGUUGCAAUUUCGGAAGAAGGGAAGGAGUGGUCGGAAUGUUCAGUGACUUACGCAGAUCUUUUUCAGUGCAUAAACGAGCAAUGGUACCAAGGGCCUACAUUAGCUCUAAUGAUAUUGAAGAUAAUGCAGAUCUUUUACAAAGUAGUUUGGGACGAGAUACUUCAAGUCCAACUUGGAAGCUUUCCUUACCGCAUGUACUUGUGGCUACUAUAGUUCCGUUCUUAUUUGGCUAUCAUCUUGGAGUUGUUAAUGAACCACUUGAAACAAUUUCUGUUGAUCUUGGCUUUCAUGGAAAUACCCUGCAAGAAGGCUCCGUGGUUAGUACUUGUCUUGCCGGUGCUUUUGUUGGAUGCCUGUUCAGUGGUUGGAUUGCUGAUGAAGUUGGGCGUCGUAGGGCUUUUCAGUUGUGUGCUUUGCCUAUGGUCAUGGGUGCUUCGAUAUGUGCAACGGCUAAAAGUUUGACAGGAAUGCUUUUGGGGAGGUUUUUAGUUGGUACUGGUUUGGGUGUGGGCCCCCCAGUUGCAUCUCUUUAUGUGACAGAGAUAUCUCCUGCGCAUGUGAGGGGCACAUACGGGAGCUUUAUUCAGAUAGCUAGUUGUUUUGGGCUGAUGGGCGCUCUACUGAUUGGGAUUCCUGUCAGGAGUAUCUUUGGCUGGUGGCGCAUCUGCUUUUGGAUAUCUACAAUUCCAGCUUCAAUGCUAGCUCUUUUAAUGACGUUUUGUGCUGAAUCUCCACACUGGCUAUACAAGCAAGGAAGAAAUGUUGAAGCUGAAGCUGUACUUGAGAAGCUUCUUGGAGCUUCACAAGCCAAAGCUGUAAUGCUAGAGCUGUCAAAUAGGGACAGAGGAGAUGAAGCUAAUACCAUAAAGCUCAUAGAAUUGCUUUGUGGACGGCAUUCGAGAGUUGUGUUUAUUGGAUCAACCCUAUUUGCUCUGCAACAGCUUUCUGGAAUAAAUGCUGUAUUUUGUUUCUCGUCAACUGUAUUUAGACGUGCUGGAGUCUUCUCGAACCUGGCAAAUAUUUCCGUAGGAAUUGCUAAUUUCAUAGGUUCUACUAUCGCAUUGGCAUUGAUGGACAAACUAGGAAGGAAGGCCCUUCUCCUCUGCAGCUUCUUUGGCAUGGCUGUGUCUACGGUUCUUCAAGUUCUCGCGACAGCUUUGUCUGCUUCAAAUUCUACUGCUUUUUAUCUAUCUGUUGGUGGAAUGCUGCUGUUUGUCUUAAUGUAUGCUGUCGGAGCUGGUCCGGUCCCUGGUCUUUUACUCCCAGAAAUCUUUCCCAGCCGAAUAAGAGCUAAAGCCAUGGCAGUUUCUAUGGCAGUGCAUUGGGUGCUGAACUUCUUCGUCGGCUUGUUGUUCCUGCGUUUGCUCGACGUAAUGGGGCCUGGUCCGUUGUACUCGACGUUUGGUGCAUUCUGCUUGUUGGCAGUGGUGUUUGUAAAGCGAAACGUGCUGGAAACCAAGGGAAAAUCACUUCAGGAAAUCGAGAUCGCUCUACUUCCUCAGUCUCCGUUUUGACUUGAAUCCCAGAAAGUCUGCAUCUGUUCAUCAUUCAGAAGAGGAGACAUGAUGGAUGCAGCUUCUCGUUCCAUGAUCUAUCAGUGUUUUGAUUUAGCUGAAAUUUACAUGAUCUUGAUGGAUGAGUGUGGUAUAGGAAAGCGUAUCAAGUGUUAAACGCAUUUUGGUUCUUGCAGACAUAGUUUCGGACGAUUUAUA